CCAUAUUUGGCCGGAAGUAACCUCUUGGCCUUGCUUGACGUCGAUGAAGGCGAUCGCAGUGCAUGGUAGGGGCAUUUUAGUCAUCCUAGUGAAUCUGAUAGUGACAUUGCGUAGAAGGAAAGAUGAUGCACAGUGGCAAUCCAUGAGGGAUAAUGGCUGAUGACUGGACUAAGGGCUGACAAUGCGUUCCACGUGGUGCGGUGACUGGGAUGAUGACAAGGCAUGCCACGUGUUUGUUAGCGGAAACGUUACUUGGACAAGAUGUUGACAUGGCCUACCACGUAAACCAUGACUCUGAUGAUGACUGUGACUAUGGAUGACGUGGAUUUCGCCGUGGCCUUCCACUCUGAUGAUGACUGGACCUCUUGGAUGACAUGGCUUUCCGACUGGCCGUUGACUGGGAUGAUAACUGGGAUCGUGGGUUAACCUGGCAAGCCAUGCGGAGGGUAACUGUAUGAUGAUCGGAACGACGGGCUGGCUGGCGUGCCACGUGUUCAUUGACUGGGAUGAUGACUGGACUUAAGGCUGACAUGGCACGCUUCGUGUUCCUCCGGAUCUUUUCCCUCCCAAAUUCCUCUUCGUCUACUCUUCGCCCAAGAAGAGAGACAGGAGUGGGAGAAAUGACUCCAGAAAGUCUAUUGCAGCUUCGAACGGAAAAGUGCACCGUCGGUUGUCCCGUACUGGAUCGUUUGCUUGCCGGCGGCAUCUCCUGCAACUCCUUGACGGAACUAGUGGCUGAAAGCGGUUGCGGGAAGACCCAAUUUUGUCUCCAACUCGUCCUCUCUGCUCAAUUACCACCCUCUCAUGGCGGCUUAUCAGCUUCAUCCCUAUACAUCCACACCGAAUUCCCUUUCCCCUUUCGUCGUCUUCGACAGCUAUCCACCUCUUUCGUAUCCUCACACUCGGAUAUUUUCACAUCUUCCAACAGCUACGAUCCUUGUGACAAAGUGUUUGUGCAGGGUGUUUAUUGUGCGGAUGAGAUGCUCGAUAUAAUGCCCAAGAUAGAGUUAUUCCUCCAGGUGAAGUCAAAAUCGCAGUUUCCUGUUAGGCUCAUAGUGAUUGAUUCCAUUGCUGCUCUGUUUCGAUCCGAAUUCGAGAACACAGGUUUCGAUCUGAAGCGCAGGUCGUCGCUAUUUUUCAAGAUUUCUGGGAAUCUGAAGUCAUUGGCGAUUAGAUUUGGAUUGGCGGUGGUGUUGACAAACCAGGUGGUUGAUUUGAUUAGUGGAGCUGCAGAGGGUGUGAAUGGGAUUAGGGUUGGGAAUUUGAGUAGUUUGAGUUCAUCGGGGAGGAGGGUUUGUGCUGCGUUAGGGAUUGCGUGGGCUAACUGCGUGAACUCGAGGCUGUUCAUGUCGAGGAAUGAGGAGGUAGUGGUAGGAGGAAGCAGCUUGGCUGAUGAGGAAGAAGGUGGGGCUUAUCAACAGAGCAAAUCGAGGAGGAGGCUCAGUGUUGUAUUUGCUCCACAUCUGCCUGAAUCCUCCUGCGAAUUCGUUAUCACAAGAGAAGGUGUUUUCGGGGUAGAGAUGUAAGGUACAUAAAUACUUGAAGAAUAGAGCGAGAGACGUUGUGACACAUUUUAUUGGGUGACUGUCCAUUUUGAAUUUCGGGGCUGAUGUUCGAGUUAUUAUGUUCUUAUUUAUCAUAACAUGUGUGAUAUAAGCUUGUUUAGUUGAUGAACAAUCGCUUCUUGUAGUUGUAAGAAGUUUCCAUGAUUCUGUAAUAUCAUCGUAUGUUUUGACUUUAAUCCUCA